UAGUCUGCAAAACCAGCACACACACACACAGGCUUGUGUGCAUAAGUAAACACAACUGCCCUAUAAAUUUAAAUUGCAGUCAAUGGUGCUGGAAUUCCUUUGCACUCUGUCACCCAGUCACUUGCCCUCGCUCCCUCUCACUUUGUACACACCCCCAGCAGGUGCUUUCAUUUGAGGUUUACUUUGCAGUUGUGCUCUAGGCAGUCACUCUCAGGUUAAGUGUAAUUGUACCAAAGAUCCUCAGAGGGUCCAAGGCCUCAGGCUGGGGGCUCUGCGACAUUUGACCAGGGGGAAACAGAUUGAAGGGUCCCCGCUGCCUGCUGCACCUCUGCCCUCAGUUAGCGCCCCGGCGUCCCGUCUGAGCUGAGCGCUGGUCUGCAACAGAAGAAAAAGGCCACCACUCUUCCUCACCAGAGCCAGAGCUGCACUGCUUCUGUUAUCAUCCAGUCAAAUCUUUGCCUCUGGCUGUCAGAGCAUCUUUGCCAGGGUACUAGUUAUGUCAAACCCAGUGGGCAGUUUAUCAGAAGGCACAGUGUAUGGAUCCCGGAUCGGAAUGACAGAGGAUUCCCUUGCCAUCCUGGAGCGAAACAGGGCCUCUGGAGAACUCUGGGACCUGGGGGAGACCAAACCAAGUGUGGAAGCCCUGGAGCGUGGCAUGCCAGGCCUGUACCUCUCCUGCUUUGACAUGCUCUUCACUGAAGAUGCCACUUGGCUAGUAAAAGUUUCAGAGGCCUCCCCAACGCUGACUGUACCCAUGACUCGCAUGGAGCCCCAGGAGGAACCAGAGCAGUGCCCCGUCAUCGAUAGCCAGGAACAGGGACUCUCAUCUGGACUGGAGGGGCAAGAGGAGGAGAGGUCUCUGGAACAGAUGCAGAGCAUGGUGGUGGGAGAAGUACUGAAGGAUAUUGAAACAGCAUGCAAACUGCUCAACAUCACUCCAGACCCUAUAGAGUGGAACACAGGGAAUGUCCAGAAGUGGCUGCUGUGGACUGAACAUCUUUACAGGCUGCCCCAUGCAGGAAAGGCCUUCCAGGAUUUGACAGGAAAAGACCUGUGUGCCAUGAGUGAAGAGGAGUUUCGCCAGCGCUCACCGCAAUGUGGAGACACGCUGCAUGCACACCUGGACAUAUGGAAGUCAGCUGCCUGGAUGAAAGAGAGGUGUUCAGUUGGAGAUACAAAAACUACCAGUGCUGAGGAGCUUUGGUCAGAGGCAGAUUCGUCUUGUUCAGGUCAGCCCAUUCAUCUGUGGCAGUUCCUCAGGGAACUCCUACUUAAACCUCACAACUAUGGACGCUGCAUCCGUUGGCUCAAUAAAGAAAAAGGUAUUUUUAAAAUUGAAGACUCAGCUCACGUUGCAAGACUGUGGGGACUCAGAAAAAAUCGACCUGCUAUGAACUAUGACAAGCUGAGCCGCUCAAUACGUCAGUACUACAAGAAGGGCAUCAUCCGCAAGCCUGACGUGUCUCAGAGACUGGUGUACCAGUUUGUUCACCCAGUAUGAGGUGGAAACAUAGUAGGAGGAGAUGGAAGCCUGUGAAAUUCAAAGGACACACUAUCUCACCACCAUGCACUUGAACAGCUAAGCUUGAGAUGAAAAGCUGACAUGGCACACGUGCCCUGACAAACCCCAAUAAUACACACUUUCGUCUCCAACACUGAACAGCUGGCAGCUGCUGCAUGAGAGCUUAUCUGUGCAAGGUCUGAGAGGAGGAUACAAAACAAAGUGGCUGUUGAGGCUUUUUCCUGCUGCAGGACAAUACAUGAAACAACCACAGAUUGAAAAACAGAAAAAAUAAAUAAUUGAACUGCCUUGUCAUUUGCAUGAUCUGCCUAUUUAUUAUCCAUAAUGUGAUUUUCAGUUAUCGUUCACUCUUUACACCAGUUAGAACUGAUUGCUCUUAAUUACAAGCUUCAGGAAAAUGCUAUGACAAGCUGAGCCACUCAAUACGUUGCCCACUGCCCACAGCUACAAUUGUUUUGUCUUUUUGUUUCACUCAUCAUGACCACGAUGUCUGUUUGACUUUAAACCAGUUUUUCUGCCACAGUUGAUAAUGUGGUUGGAUUGUUUUCCUUCUUUUAUGGGUUUGGCCCCGACUGUUAUAGACACAAUCAUUCAGAUAAGACAGGGUACUCUGCAUCUGCAUGUACACACAGCAAGACUUAUAUAAUGUAGUUUGCCGAAUCUGAAUCCAAGCCUUUGGAGGAUCCUCAAAGCCUCUGUUCUGACUUAAUAGAUAUUGCCACUUAAAUGUACAUUUUUCUAUUGUGUAACUUGGUAAAAAGUGAUGCAUUUCCUCAACAUUGUUUUACUGCGGAGGAGAACUGCUGUACUAUAUGUUAUAUGUCAACUCUGGUUUAUACUGCUGUACAGUAAGUUUCACUGUGGAGACCCAAAGUGUUAAGGAUAAAAUAAAUUGAUAUGAAAUGAAUAAUCAUCUGAAUAAACGCAGACGAAAUGUAAGAUAUAACCAAAACAACAACAAUGUCAGCAAUAAUAAUAAUUAUUAUUUAUUUUUAGCAGCCUGACUCUUGGGGUGGCAGUGUUGGUCUAUCGGUCCAGCACUUUUAUCCAGCCAACUCUAGAUUAUCAUUAAAUUUUGUUCAGAUACAUAUUGCACUCAGGAUGACUACUAAGUACUAAUGGUGGGUAUUAAUUUUGGUGAUCCCUUAAUGUUUCAUCUAGCACCAUCAACAGGUCAAAAUAUAAGUUUAUUUAACACUUUGAUUUAUGACCAAAUUGUUGCAGAAUGUAUAACAUUCAGCCUCAGCUGUACUUUGUGCUGUUUGGUGACUGUUGGCAUGCUAACCUGCAAAGCUAAAAUGGUGAACCUGGUAAACAUGAUGCCUGGUUAACACCAGCAUGUUAGUAUGUCAUUGUGAAAAUAUUAACAUGUUGAUGUUAGCACCGCUGUGCACCAUUACGUUGGACUCUUGUCAAAACGUAAGUAAACUCAGAUCAUAAUUAUUGCACUGUAUUUCAUCCAGCUUAUUUUUAAUUUUUAAAUACAUUUUCUCCAAAGAACUUUGUUCCAACAGUUUUAAUUUGAAAAUGCCCUUUCCCAGUGGCAAUUUUGUUAAAUAAUGAUGAAACAUCAGGGAAAAGUUACAACACAGCAGAGUUAACAACAGCAAGUGAAACACUGAAAAUGCUCACUGGGGGAAAAUGCUGUUGUGAAAUGAAAACAGACUCUGACAGACACAUUAUUAUUACACAGAAACAGCUGUAAUUUACAUUAAAAAUUUCCUGAAAGAAAUUUGAUUUUGAAAUAGAAACGGGAUGUUAAAGCAUUUUACUUCAAAUACUGAAAUAUUUCACAAAUUUGAAUUUCUGUUUUUUGUCUGAAUUUAUUCAUAAGAGUAUUAAUUUCAUAUUUCAUUUAUUUAGUUAAUGCUGAUUCUUUGGAGCUGCAUAUUGUACAAAGACAUCUUACCAUGCUUAUUAUUUUCAUUUGCCAUUUGUCUUCCUGAAUGGGGACAGGAUAUCCAUGCUUAAAAUAGGGCUCAAUAAACUUUAUUUUUACCU